GGUCCAUCCCUGCGACGAGGCCCCCCUCUCCUCUCUCUCCAGAUUCCCAACCGGCGUCUCCCUGAUCCCGCGCUUGCUCCGGCGGCGAGCAUGGCGUUCGGCCGACGGCACCGCGGGCCCUCGCUGCCCGCGCUCCCCUUCCUCCUCCAGACGCUCUCGCUGCUCGUGCUCCUCGCCUUCUCCUCCUCCGCCGCUGCGCCUACUGCGGCUUCUCCCGCCGCGAUGCACAACAACAACUGGGCCGUGCUCGUAUGCACCUCCCGCUUCUGGUUUAAUUAUCGACAUAUGGCCAAUACUCUGUCUUUGUACAGGACUGUUAAGAGAUUAGGAAUACCUGACGAACGGAUAAUACUUAUGUUGGCAGAUGAUAUGGCUUGUAAUCCUAGGAAUAAUUAUCCCGCCCAAGUGUUCAACAAUGAGAACCACCAGCUUAACCUUUAUGGUGACAAUGUCGAGGUUGAUUAUCGAGGUUAUGAGGUGACCGUUGAAAACUUUUUAAGAGUUUUGACAGGUAGACAUGAGAGUGCGGUACCACGAUCAAAGCGUCUUUUAAGUGAUGAAGGAAGCCAUAUUCUUCUGUACAUGACUGGACAUGGUGGGGAUGAAUUUUUGAAGUUCCAAGAUAAUGAAGAACUUCAGAGCCAUGAUUUAGCAGAUGCAGUAAAGCAAAUGAAGGAGAAGCAUAGAUUUAAAGAGUUGUUGAUAAUGGUAGAUACAUGUCAAGCUGCUACUCUCUUUUCACAGCUUCACUCACCUGGUGUUUUGGCAAUUGGUAGCAGCAUGAAGGGUGAAAAUUCUUACUCUCAUCACCUUGACUCGGACAUUGGUGUCUCUGUCGUGGAUAGAUUUACUUUCUAUACACUUGCGUUCUUUGAGAAGCUGAACAUGUAUAGCAAUGCAUCAUUGAACAGUCUUUUCACCUCAUACAACCCUUCCAUGCUGCUGUCUACUGCAUAUUAUCGGAUGGAUCUUUAUGAGCGUGCCUUAAACGAGGUCCCUGUGACAAAUUUCUUUGGAUCAGUCAUGAAGACUAUUCACACUGAUUCCGCGUACACAGGCUUCUUAGCUGCACAUGACACAGAAACACCAUUGUCUAUCAACCAUGGCAUGUUACAGAAUGAAGCUAGCUCAAGAAGAUCGAAUAUGGAAGAGAUGAAAGAGGCACAAUUAAGGUCCCAUGGAUGGACAGAGAUUCUGCAGGAACAGCUGGAAGGCAAAAAAACUGAAAUUGUUGUGAUGUAUGGUCUGGGGACGAUGGGCAUAUUGUUGGCAAUUUCAACCUGGUUGUCAAUGUAGACUUUGAAUUGUGCUGUUAACAGACUAUCAUCUUCCAGAUAAAAUUGAAGCAAACAAUGAAAAAGAAAAAGAGAAAAAAGAGGAAGUGAGAUAUUUCGGUAGUCAAAAUUUUGUAUAUUUCUCUUUUACUUCAUUAGUAGUAUCCUUUCAGUUUAGAACAUAAUUCUUGUAUAGUGUUCAUAUGGUAUGUUCUAUUUUUUUUUGGCAAUGUGCCUUGCUAUUUAACAUGCUUUUGCGGUGGGACAUUUUAUUUCAUUAUUGUCUUUUCAAUUUAGAACAUAAUUAUUGUAUA